AUGAUUUGCUAUCCAAGUCCUGACUGGAUUUUGCACUCCCCAUGAUCUUGGUCCAGCCACAGGUCAGCGACACCCUGGGAUUUAUAAACUUUUGAUUGUAUCAGAAGUUUUGCCUCUUCUUCUUGAGACCACUUCUGUACAGGAGUUUAAAACCAGGUUUGGAGUCAUGCCUCUUGCUGGAACACCUGCCCCUCCCUACAAGAAGAAAAAAAGUACCAAAAUCAUCACUGACCUGUCACAUAUCACUCAGAAUGAGUAUGAGUCAGAGCCUGAGGCCUCAGAGUUUGACUUGGGGACGAAGAUCAGUACACCCAAAGACGUAAUGCUGGAGGAACUGUCCCUGCUCAAUAACAAGGGUUCCAAGAUGUUUAAAAUGAGGAAGAUUCGUGUUGAAAAGUUCAUCUAUGAAAACAACCCUGAUGUCUUCAACAGUGACUCAACGGAUAACUUCCAGAAGUUUGUCCCUGGCAUUGGAGGCCAAAUGAUAGAUGUUGGUGGACGUCUGGUUGGCGGCCAUCUUGUUGGUAGACAGAUAGUUGGUGGACAGAUAGUUGGUGGUUCUGCUCCUGUGCCUCCUCCCAAACCUGGCAGCCGGGGUAAAGGAGCAGGAACUGGAGCAGGAACUGGAGCAGAAGGAACAGCUGGCGGCGUGGGUUCAGGAGCAGGCAAGAGUGCUGGCUCAUCAGUUGAGAUCUUACAAGGUGCAGAAAGCACUAAGGCUGCUGGUUCAUCAAAAGAGAAGAAAAGAAAGGAAUAUAUUAAGACAUAUGUUUCACCCUGGGAAAGAGCCAUGAAGGGCAAUGAAGACCUUGUUUCUACUAUGAAAUCAUACAUGCCAGGGCCCUGUAUUCACCUUGAAUUGCCCAAAUACAAGUGUUUUAACAGGUCAGCAAUGCCCUUUGGUGGUUUUGAGAAAGCUUCUCAACUGAUGACCUUCCAGUUGCCGGAUAUCGAGACAGCAGCAGAAGAACCGGAGCCUGCAGUGGUGUAUCAUCAUGACAUCCACUCAAGACCCUCCUUUAACCGCACUCCUAUUGGCUGGGUGGGCAGCGGAGAUACAGGCAACAUCCACCUGCAGAUAGAUACCAUGCCAUUCGAUGGGGAGACUGAUGAGCUGUGAGGAGUGAACAUCUUUGUCCUUCAAAACAAGCUCAUUCUAAAUUUACUUCCCCAGGCAUGCUUUGCAUUUCUGCUAAACUACCUGUUCUUUCUUUCUUUCUUUCUUUCUCUCUCUCUCUCUCUCUCUCUCUCUCUA